AUGGGAAAACGAAUGAUCUGUCUUUCAUUGGGAGGAGGUUUAAUAGUCCUAGCUUCAGCACUGUCAGACGCAUCUUUGGAGUUGCCCCGAAAGUACAGCUUCUCAAAUAUUGGAAGUCAGGCAGAUGAUAAUGGCCUACCCCAAUACCAAUACGGAUGGUGCCUUCAAUUAUCAGGACUUGCCUUGAUCUUGGCUGAAGUUGCGGCCCUUCUAACUGUCUCUGGAUACAUGGCUCGCUUUCCAACAGUCGAAGACAUGGUAAGAGUAAUGGUUCCCGGGGCAGAAAGGAAGUUGAGGGAGCAACGUGGUCUCAGUUCAGAGUACCUCGUCAGAACUCAUCAGAAAUCACCCGGACCUCCGCAGAGUCGAGGGUUUGCUCAACCUGCGAAAGGUCCUCAGAAGGUAGCGGAGGAAGGAACUUCCCUACUCUGUAAAUCAGCCCCAGAUAUAUGUGCCUCGAACCCUCAGUCGAUCAGCUACGUAGAUAAAGCAGAUCUCUCCCACAUGCUGCCUGCCUAUCCCGAGGGUAAAAUUCCAGACCCGAGAUUCACGUUCGUCGAUAAGGCAGAUCAGAGUGUUGUUGACUCUCGAUUAAGUGGCUUUGCUGAUAAGGAAGGUCUCAUGGAUUCUAGGAUGUUGUCAGAAUCAAGACAAAAUAUUAUUACCUUCAGUGAAAGUAAGGAACAUCCCAAUGGUCAAGAACCGAGGUAUGGAGAAUUUGCUACCAGAGUGGAACAGUGUCCGGCCGAUAACAGAGUCACCUUCGCUGAUCAGGAAGGCUACGUUGGCUAUGCCGAUAACGGGGAGUCCUUACUUGACACACCCUUUGGGUAUGAUACCAGAUACAACAGUCUGGCAGGUCAAACAGUUCCAAUCACACUAAAGCACCAAGCAUCAUCAGUUUCUGCAAUUCAGUCUCAGUACAUUUACCAAAAUUUUGGCACCAUACAUGCUGGGGUUUUGAGAGUAUCGGAACCAGGAACGAGUUCUAGUUCGAAUUCCAGUCAAAGGAGCAUGACCCUUCAAAAUCCGAGAAGAAAGUCUCAAAUUGCCCAAAAUACGUUCAGCACAAUGGAGUGCGAAAAAAGGAAACGAGGACCGGGAGUCGCGCCGAAGGGUGGUUUUUAUACUGGAAGUGCCGUAUGACCCCCUCCCACUCCUCCGACUCCCAGGUAACUUCAGGAAGAUGAAACUCCGCUCUAGUCUGAAUUUCGGAAGUGAAGAGGAACUUGGUGGUUGA